AGGAAAUAAAAGUAACUCUGUCAGUUCAGUUCGAGCGGGAGAAAAUGGCUUACAGUGAGCAACUGUUCGACUGCUCCAUCUGUUUACAGGUACUGGAGGAUCCAGUGACGACUACCUGUGGACACAGUUACUGUAAGACAUGUAUCAAUAGCUUCUGGGACAGAAAUAAUAACGGAGGAAGAACGUACAGCUGCCCUCAGUGCAGGGAGACUUUCUACCUGAGGCCUGAUCUGAAGAGGAACACACUUCUGGCUGACCUAUUGGAGGAACACAAGAGGUCAAAUAGUCAAAGUGCUGCUGCUAGUGACACCGAAGCUGUAUCUGAUGAUGUGCAGUGUGAUGCUUGCACGGGGAGAAAAAGAAAAGCUUCCAAGUUCUGCCUUGUGUGUUUGGCCUCUUACUGUGAGACUCAUCUUAAGCCUCAUUUUGAAGUGCCACCAUUAAGAAAACACAGUCUGAUUCAAGCCUCUGCGCGGAUCAAAGACAGGAUCUGUGCCCGUCAUGACAGACUUCUUGAGCUCUACUGCCGCACUGAUCAGCAGUUCCUAUGCCUGCUGUGUGUGAUGAAUGAGCAUAAAGGCCAUGACAUUGUGGCAGUUGCAGCAGAAAAGUGUGAAAUACAGAUACACCUGGAGCGGACUAAACAGGAUAUUGAGGGCAGACUACUGAAUUCAGAGAGCAAAAUGGAAGAUCUGAGGCAGGCUGCAGACUGUAUAAGAGAUGCUGCAUGGGAGGCGUGUGAUGACUUUGAGCGGCUGUGUGCAGAAGACAUCCUUUUAUAUGUCCAGUCUGUGAAGAGGAAGUGCUCUGAGAUGAGAGAGAAAGUUGGAGAAGCAGAGAAAGCUGGAGUGGACUGGACCAACAGUCGUCUCGGACAACUGAAUCGUGAAGUGUUUGAGCUGAGGAGGAGAGCAAAUGAACUGGACCAGCUUUCACGAACAGAUGACCCCAUUCAUUUUAUUCAGGGUUUCCGGGCUCUGGGGGACCUCCCUGUGUUCACACACUCACAUGAGAGACAUGACAUGCUGACAGAGUUUGUCACUGCACAGAAAGAUAAACUGAAAAAUAUGUGCGACAAUGAAAAGAAUGAAUUAUUGAGUCAUUCUGAAAGAAAAUGCUUGUCAAAAAUGCCAAGGUCGCAUAAGGAAAUAACAAGGAGAUACCUUUUGACCAAGAGCUCCAAAGUGGAGGUGGAUCCCAACACAGUAGCUGCAUGUCUAUGCUUAUCUGAUGGAAACAGAAAGAUAUCAUGGGGUGCUUGCGACCAGGCUCAUCCUGAUCACCCUGACAGAUUCACCUGCUCUCACCAGGCUCUGUGCAAAAAUGGCUUUGUGAGCAGCCACUACUGGGAGGUGAAGUGGGACGGUGGCAUUGUCGAUUUGGCCGUGUCGUACAAAGGCAUUAAAAGAAAAGGUUCAGGGAAAGAUUGCUGUUUUGGCCACAAUGAACUCUCCUGGAAAUUAAUCUGCUCUUCGUCUGGCUGCACGUUUUGGCACAAUAAUCUUCACAAAGGCCGAAUUCCUCCAGCUCGCUCCCGAAGAAUAGGCGUGCACCUUGAUUGCGAAGCAGGAACACUGGCCUUCUACAGUGUUUCUGGCACUGACACAGUGACACUGCUGCACAAAAUCCAGACCACCUUCACUGAACCUCUCUAUCCGGGGUUUUCUGUUGAUUUAGGUUCAACACUGAAAAUAUGCAACAUCUAAGCCAGCCUGCGUUUUUUUAAAUGUUGAUUGGCUUGUUAAGACUGGCUGAUAUUUAGAAGAAGAUUGUUUUUCAAUCUAUUAUUAUUUUUCACACACACAUUCACAAACUGGACCUAUACACAUGCACAGAGCUGGCACCUCUCCAGCUACCACUCCCCAAUCCGUAUGACUGGUCUGUGCUAAUCUCAAACUGGUGACCCUCCAGUUUCCAAACCAAGUCUCCACACCCUGAGCUACUUUCCCCUGUAUUUAUGAUUCAGGGAUAGUAAAAAGCACAGAAAUACUAUUAAUAUGUGUAGAAGAUGUUGUUCAAUUGUUGUUUUCCUUUUAUCAGCUUUUCAGAGUUGUGUUUUAAAUUGGAUUAUUUAUUACCUGCUCAGUGGCAAUGCUAAUAAACUCCAGAAGACACAAAACAAAACAAUAAGGGUGCUCAUAAAAUGUAUUCAUUUACAUGCAUUCUAUGAGUCUGACCAUUUCAGAGAGCUUAAAACAGUUAAAAAGAGGGUCACAAUUAUUAAGGUUCUUACAUAUAAUCAUUAAAUCAUAAAAACCUUUUUUUUAACUUAUAAAAGGCUAUUUUACACAAGGUGGUUCAACAAACUUCAUUUAAAUCAUUCAUUCAAUUCUUUAUUCUGUUCUUUAAGCUGCACAAUAUAAUCAUCUUCUUUCAAGCCUGAAAUUGAUCACAUGAUCAAAAAAUGAUUUAUUAGUAACUUGUAGCCUAACUUAUAUUAUGAAGAGAACUUGGAACAUGCAUGCUGUGCCAUGCCUAUGUAUGUAUGUCUGUGUGUUUUUACUCAACUAGUGUUAUGAUUUGAUGUGUAUGUGGGAGGGCAACAGUUGGAAUAAGAAUUAAAGUCUUCAUUGUUUUAAUCCUCAAUAAUUGUAACUACUGCUGUGCUUAUUCCCCCCCCCCCCCCCCUUCAAGCAGACUGACUUUGUUUUAGCUUAAUAAACUCAAAGGACAAUGCUUUGCUAAUGAUAUGUCUUGUUUAUUUGAUUUAAUUCACUCAAAAAAUAAAGGCUUGGUGACAUACA